UUAAAAGCAGGGUUGCAACGCUAAGCCCAAAACUUCUGUGUCUCUCUGGCUCUCUCGCUCACUCAUUGCGGUGAAUGAUCUCAGAACAAGACGCCACUUUAACUGCGAUUCGAAGCUUCUUGUGUCAAGUUCAAUAUUAGGCUAUCACUUCACUUCAGAAGCAGCAAUCAAAUGGAGCCUGACAGGUUAAAUUCUCCAAGCACAUUUUCGAUGAAUCUCGAAGUUUUAGGCCAUGAAUUGCAGUUUUCUCAGGAUCCCAAUUCCAAGCAUUUAGGAACUACUGUUUGGGAUGCUUCACUUGUGUUUGUCAAAUUUCUGGAGAAAAACUGCAGAAAGGGAAGGUUUUGCCCAUCUAAACUUAAAGGAAAACGUGUUCUUGAACUUGGAGCAGGUUGUGGAGUAGCUGGUUUUGGUAUGGCUUUGCUUGGAUGUGAUGUAGUUGCAACAGACCAAAUUGAAGUUUUGCCAUUGCUAAUGAGAAAUGUUGAACGUAAUACUUCAAGGAUCUUGCAGAUGAAUCCUGGUUCCGAUUCAUUUGGAUCAAUUCAGGUUGCAGAGUUAGACUGGGGAAACAAGGAUCAUAUUAGGGCUGUUGAUCCACCAUUUGACUAUAUCAUUGGCACUGAUGUUGUUUAUGCAGAGCAUCUAUUGGAACCACUAUUGCAGACAAUAUUUGCCUUGUCAGGACCUAAAACUACAAUUUUGCUGGGGUAUGAGAUCCGUUCUACGAGUGUCCAUGAGCAAAUGCUUCAGAUGUGGAGAAGAAAUUUUGAUGUGAAGAUUAUUCCACAAUCUAAGAUGGACCAGAUAUUCCAACAUCCAAGUAUUCAACUUUUCAUCAUGGGAGCAAAACAUUCGGAGGGGAUUAGAGAGAGCAUUGAGGGGAGUGGGAGUGAUCACAAAGUUGAAGAGGUCAAAACAAGCAAGGAAGAGGAAGAAAAUGCUGGGCAAAGUACCGAGGAGAAGGUGGCCAAUUCUACUGGCGAUGUACACAAGGAAGACUGCAAGCCAGUGACCAAUUUCCAGAAUGAGAAACUUAAUGAUUUUGAAGUUAGAAGAACGGGGUCAAUGGCUGCUAGACUUCUACGAGAUGUCAAGAUAGCUUAAGUUAAUAGAAUCAUUUUGUCUUCAUAGGAGUCCUACAAAAGCAAUUUUAUACGCUGAUGUGUAAGUGAAGUUUCUCAUGAGUUGAAUUUUUAAUUAACUUUUUGCUAAGCUAAUACUUUGCAUAGCUUAUGUUUUGUAAAAAGUUUGUGCAGACAUAGUAGUUAUCUAAGUUAAUAGGGCAGACCUUUUAUGAUCUGUCUUUCUUGAA